AUGAACGGCUCGCAGGCGGGCGCCGCGGCUUGGGCCGCCUGGCUGAGCUCCUGCUGCAACCAGUCAGGGGCGCCUGUGGAGCCCCUUGAGGGUCAGCGCGCGGUGCAGGCGGCGGUGCUGGGCGUGUUGUCGCUGCUGGUACUCUGCGGAGUCCUGUUCCUGGGCGGUGGCCUCCUCCUCCGCGCCCAGGGUCUGAGAGCGCUGCUGGCCCGCGAGUGGCACGCGUCCCGCGAUGCCGAGCCCGGCGGCGCCAGCGGAGGCGACGACGACUCCUAG